ACUGUGGCUUAAAAUAUGCUAGGGUUAUCGAUCUUUUCAGUUAAGUACAUGUAUAUUGUUACAGAUAAUCUGGGACUAGCAAUAUAAUGUUAGCCCUUAUAUUAGUCGCAGAGAUAAUACAGUGAAUAAAGUUCAGUGUGUCAUGGAAGAUUGUUUUGUUCAUGUAGACUAGAUAAAGAAGCACACAGGAUUUUCUCAUAGUCGUUUGUUCUGUUUUCCUGAUUACAGCCAGACGGGACAGUUCUCAUCUCUGCCUCAGACAAACUCAUGAUGACUGGGAAAACGACAUUAUCUGCUGUGGCUGCGGUGUUUCUCUGUGCUUUGGGAGAAUUCACUGUGCAAAGUCAGAGCAACAAACAGCCCCACAUCCUCUUUAUAGUAGCUGAUGACUACGGUUUCCAUGACAUUGGUUACCACAAUUCCGAAAUCAAAACUCCCAAUCUGGACAAACUUGCUGGAGAAGGGGUGAAGCUGGAGAAUUACUAUGUACAGCCGAUUUGCACACCGACCCGGAGUCAGCUGUUCUCAGGCAAAUACCAGAUCCACACCGGUCUGCAGCAUGGUAUCAUCUGGUGGACACAGCCGAACGGCCUUCCUCUAGAGGACCCCACCCUGGCAGAUAAGAUGAAGGAAGCUGGGUACUCCACGCACAUGGUGGGCAAGUGGCACAUCGGCUUCUACAAGGAAGAGUAUUUGCCUACACGCCGUGGUUUCGAUUCCUAUUUUGGUUACUAUGGCGGCAGUGAGGAUUACUAUGGCCACAACACCUGUUCUUUUCUUGAGAGAGGUUACUGUGGUUACGACUUCAGAGACGGCGAUAAAGUUGAUUAUCAAGACAAGGGGAACUACUCUACACAUGUCUUUGCUCAGCGGGCCAUAGACGUGGUUAACUCCCAUGAUCCAAAUAAGCCACUCUUUCUCUACAUAGCUUUCCAAGCUGUUCACUCUCCAUUGGAAGUGCCAGAGGAAUACACACAGAUGUACGAUUUCAUACAGGACAAAAACAGGAGGACCUAUGCUGGUAUGGUGACAUGUAUGGAUGAAGCUGUGGGAAACAUUACUAAGGCUUUCCAGGACAAGUUCAUGUUUGAAGACACUUUUAUGGUUUUCACUACAGACAAUGGCGGUCAAAUUCUGGAAGGCGGGAACAAUUGGCCACUCCGGGGCUGGAAGGGUUCACUUUGGGAUGGAGGGAUGAAAGGUGUUGGCUUUGUCCAUGGCAACGGCCUGACCAAACCUGGCACAAUUAACACAGGCCUAAUGCAUGUAACUGACUGGUAUCCAACCCUGGUCAACCUUGCUAAAGGAUCUCUCAAUGGAACCAAACUGGACGGCCAUGACCAGUGGGAAACAAUCAGCCUAGGCAAGCCCAGUCAACGUCAGGAAAUUCUUCACAAUAUAGAUCCCCUGAGUAACAAAGCUGGUCAGCCUCUCCGUAACGCCAGUUUUGACAACACAGUGAGAGCGGCUCUUCGUGUGGGCGACUGGAAGAUUAUCACUGGCAACCCAGGUAACAGCAGUUGGAUUCCACCUCCACAUAUGGCAGGGAAAACCCAGAUUUCAUCUGAGGCGCCAACCAAAAAUUUGUGGCUGUUCAACAUAGUUGUUGAUCCAGAAGAGCGAGUUGACCUUUCUGGGCUGUACCCGGAUAUGGUUAGACAGAUGCUGGACAGACUGCAAGCUUAUAAUGUCACAGCCGUUCCUGUGCGUUACCCCGAACCAGACCCCAGGUCAAACCCCAAGCUCCAUGGUGGGGUCUGGGGUCCCUGGGAAACCUAAGCAUACAGCAGCCAAUGAGAAGACGUCUGACUUAAUGACAGCCAGUCUCAUCAAAGUUUCUAUUGCAAAUGUUUCUGUUUUGUUUUGUUUGGUGACUCCCUAUUAGAUUGCCCUUAUGCUCUGGACAAAUUGGUGUUUUAAAGUGAUAGUUUACAUUCUUUGUCUAAUAUGCACCUCUAAUGUUUAUUUUGUGUUUUACAACCUCUAAGCAAUUUUCAUCACACAUGACAAAUUGCCAGAUAAUUAAGCUGGACAUAAUGGUUGAUGUACUAGCUACAGCAGCAUUUAUGAGGGGACUGUAAAUUGAUUUUCACAUGCAACUUAACACUCGAAAUUGAACUGUGCUUUUUUCAAUUGCUCUGUUUAAAUAUUAGGGAUAGAUGUACAUUUAUCAUGCCUUUGAUACAGCAACCUGAAUAUAUAAGGAGAUCUCUGUCGUUCCAAAGGUUUUACAGAAUAAAUUCACAUUUGUGGUGGAAAAGAGCAUUACACUAUCUCCUAGCCCAGUUGUGUGAACCAAUGGGGGGAUAGUGUUAGUUUCACAUCUUUUUGAAAACACUUCUAAACUGGUUCUUGCUCAGCCAGUGUCAAUUUAUAUCGGGUGGGCAUAAAAAAUGGGCCGCACUUUGAGACUCAAUAUCUCCGAAACCCUCUUCCGUCAGCUUCUAAAAAUUUACACACUCAAAAGCCAUUAUGUCCUAAGCAUACAGACCAAAUUUCAAUUUCAUCAUGAUUUCUGUUCAUGGGACCAGUCAAAAUAGAGUCAAAAACGCAUUUCAAAAUGAUGUUCUACCUUGUUUCACUUGAAAAGGUGAUCAAUUCCAUGUCCGCCGCAGAGAAAACCAUCUUGAUUCAGCAAAACUUGUGUCUAUCGGGCAGAAAGGUUUCUCUGACACUUGAGCCAGACAAUUUUUCCUGACGACACUUGAUUGACGCGUGUCACACAGGUGCAGCGCACUCUACUCAUAACACCUGACAGGUCGUGCAGUGUGUGUCACCGGCACGUGCGUUUUUGAGGUUAUGAUUUCAUUUUAACCCUGUGUACAGACUACUCAAGCUAUGACCUUGAAAAUUGGUCAGUUUAUUAACAAAAUCAUGCCAUUUGAAAGUCAAGUUUGAAAGGGUUUGACCAAAAGGAUAAUGGAGCAAUGCAGCAUCAAAGAAUGGCCCAUUUUUUAUGCCCACCCGAUCUAUAAACAGUGUUUUCGUCGCUGCAGUUUUCACAUCUUGAAAUGUUUAAAGUAAUUUCAAAUUUGAUAUCAUGGCUGUGCAACCGUACAUUUCAACUUGUACUUUUCAACUUAUGUUGCAUUGUAACUAAUUUUUUAAUCUAAUUAAUUUUUUUUUAUUUUCUCUUUAUAAAAUGAUAUAAAAUGCGGGGAGAUAAUAUAGAAUGAUAUUUGUACGUGCUGCUGAAUAAUUCGUAACAUUCCCAGUAUCUUUUUUAUUUUAAUAUUCAGUUAUACAAGUUCACAUGUACUUAUCUUUCUUCUACAUUGACUGGCACUGGGUCAGAAUGCGAAUAGAAUAGUUUUGAUAAAGCUAGAAAUUUUUAUUAUAUGAAUAUAUAAAUCCAAUACUGAUAAUAAUCCUGUAACUUUUUAUGCAAGUUUUUGGGGGUUCCCGUAAACCAGGAAUGAUGAUAUGCUGAUUGUGGCAUACAUAGACAUAUUACUCUACCUGUAUGUACAAAGUGUGCGUACAUAUGUUGCCAGUGAUUAGCUAUAAUACAACAUACAGGUGUAGUUGUACAUUCCUUCAUGCAUAUCAGGGUUUUUUAUUGUUGAAAAUGUCCAUUGUUAUCAGAGCUUUACUAAAUACGUUUUGCAUUGUUCAAAAUAAUUAUCGUAGUGUAUUAAGACAUUUAUGAAUGUUCAUAAAAUAAUGCUCAAUAUUUUUUAAUUAUAUACGUUUGAUGAUAAUAUAUAUUUGUAAAUGCUGAGUGGGUAAAUAAUUGGAGUUUUGUAAAUAUAUUUUGUCAGUUCAUCUUGUCUUCCACAUUUCAGUUAUCAUUUAGGGCUGACCAGAAGAUUUGGACAUCGGUUACUCACCUCAGGCAGAGAUCCGCCAAUUAGAAUCGACAGAUUCUAAUUAAGUCGAAGUCGGGAGACCGGGGAUCAAACCCGGCUCGGGUCAUACCAAAGCUUUAAAAAUGGUAAAAAUGAUGGGUUAGAAGGAAUAAUGUGAUUGGAUGGGGUGUCAUGCCCGGUGUGUUGGGCCUGAUACUUCAGUGGCUGCAGCACCUUUUCAGUAUCGAAUCGCCCUGCCUCCAGAAGACAGGUUAGAGCAAGGAAACAUGAGGGGGUUGGCCCGAUGUCA